GCCCGAGGUCGUUUUCACUGAAUCACGUUUUGCUACAGGGGGGCUCCGUCCAUCCCCGAGGAUGGGUGUGCACUGUUGGUCCGUGCACGCGCACGUGCGAGGACUGCAUGUGUGCAUGGAGCGCGUGUGGAGCCGCGUGGCUCGUGGCCCCGGCUCGGGCGACCCCCACGAAGCGAGCGAGAAAACAGCCGGCGCGCGGGCCGGCCCCAUGGCGCUCGCUGCUGCAGGCCGCUCUGCGCUGACGGAGCCGGCGGGCAGCGCGUCCCCAGAGCCCAGCGCGGGGCGGCCGCUGAGCGUGCUCAGCUGCCACGGCACGUUGGUCUCGCCGCUGCACCCCGAGACCCAUGCGAGCUUCCAGUUCUCGCGCAAGCGGCAGGCCUAUGGCAGCGCCGCCCCCGACGCCGGCAAUCCUCAUUCCAUGUACGCCGUCUCCGCGGUCAGGACCCAGCCCGUGGCCGGGGGAGAGCUCGGGUCGGAGCGAGAGGCGCGCUUCACGUGGUACGCUGCAUACGCGAAGAGCUGCGAGGCCAAGGCGCACGAGGCCUUCCGGAAGGGAGGGACGCCACGCGCUCUGGGCGCGAGCGGCUCCUUCGGCCACUCGCAGGCCCACCCAAGCGAUGAUACCAGCUUCGCGUGGCAGUCUUACCGUGGCUGGACGGCGACCUCCAGGCACAACCACGAGGCGCGGAUGAGGGAAGUGUGGCAGCAAGAGGCCAGGCAGCAGUGGAGAGCGCAGGUGUCGGACCUGAAGUGGAGGCCGCUGGAGGGCGAGCCUUGUACGCCGCGGUUGACCGCGGAGCUCGAGGAGAAGGCGGCGGCCGCGGCCACGAAGUCCGCUGCCGAGGCCGAGGCGAGGGCAGCGGGCCUCCUCGAGAGAGCCGAGGCCGCGGCCCAGUCCUCCUCGAGGACCUGCGAGAGGCUCCUGGCGAGGGCCGAGGCCGAGGCCGCCGCGCAGGCCCGCGCCCAGGAAGAGGCCCUGGCCCAGGCCACGGCCAGGGCAGAGGCCAGGGCUCGGGCCCAGAAGGCGCCGGCGAGGGCGGCCGAGGCAGAUGCCCCGGCGAGGGCGGCGGCGGAGGCCGAGGCGACGGCGCGGGCCGAGGAGCGGCAGAGCGCCCAGGAGAAGGCGAAGGCCGCGGCUCGCGUGCAGGCGGAGGAGCAGCUGGGCGAGGCGCUGAGGCAGAGGGAGGUGCACGGCGCCCGCGCCGCUCUGGCGGCCGUCGAGGUGGCGGGCGCGGGCGCCAGCGAGCUCGCGGCUGCGAGCGCCGCCGUGGCGGACCUGACACGUGACACGGAGCCCCCGGCGUUGCCAGCGUCGUCGGCGGUCGGUGGGGGCGGGAUUCCUGUCAUGCCUGCCACAACGCGUUCUUCGUGGUGCGCCGCGGCAAGAGAUGCGUCUGCUUCCCAGAGUGGGCGUUUCGCCAGAGAGGUCCCCGCAGUUUGUGCCCGAGCGGGCCCAUGGAAUACCUCUGGUCGACCCCCCCACCGUGGGCGGCCCAAGUGCCGUAUCGCGAU